UUUUCUUCAGUAGUUACUUUGCCAAAGAAGCAUAAGAAGAAAAAGGAUCGGAAGUCAUUACCAGAAGAAGAUGUAGCUGAAAUACAACACGCAGAAGAAUUUCUUAUCAAACCUGAAUCCAAAGUUGCUCAGUUGGACACAUCUCAGUGGCCCCUGUUGCUAAAGAACUUUGAUAGACUGAAUGUGAGGACAACACAUUAUACACCUCUUCCUUGUGGGUCCAACCCUCUGAAGAGAGAGAUUGGGGAUUAUAUCAGGACAGGUUUCAUUAAUCUUGACAAGCCUUCUAACCCCUCUUCCCAUGAGGUGGUAGCUUGGAUUCGACGAAUACUCAGAGUGGAGAAGACAGGACACAGCGGCACUCUGGAUCCCAAGGUGACUGGCUGUCUAAUCGUGUGCAUAGAACGAGCCACUCGCUUGGUGAAGUCACAGCAGAGCGCAGGCAAAGAGUAUGUGGGGAUUGUCCGGCUGCACAAUGCUAUUGAAGGGGGGACCCAGCUUUCUAGGGCCCUGGAAACUCUGACGGGUGCCCUAUUCCAGCGACCUCCACUUAUUGCUGCAGUAAAGAGGCAGCUCCGAGUGAGGACCAUCUACGAGAGCAAAAUGAUCGAAUAUGAUCCUGAAAGAAGAUUAGGAAUCUUUUGGGUGAGCUGUGAGGCUGGCACCUACAUUCGGACACUGUGUGUGCACCUUGGUUUGUUACUGGGAGUUGGUGGUCAGAUGCAGGAACUUCGAAGGGUUCGUUCUGGAGUCAUGAGUGAAAAGGACCACAUGGUGACGAUGCAUGACGUGCUCGAUGCCCAGUGGCUGUACGAUAACCACAAGGAUGAGAGUUACCUGCGGCGAGUUGUGUACCCUUUGGAAAAGCUGUUGACGUCUCACAAACGGCUGGUUAUGAAAGACAGUGCAGUGAAUGCUAUCUGCUAUGGGGCCAAGAUCAUGCUUCCAGGUGUUCUGCGGUACGAAGAUGGCAUUGAGGUCAAUCAGGAGAUUGUGGUCAUCACUACCAAAGGGGAAGCGAUCUGCAUGGCUAUUGCACUAAUGACCACAGCAGUGAUCUCUACCUGCGACCAUGGUAUAGUAGCCAAGAUCAAGAGAGUGAUCAUGGAGAGAGAUACUUACCCUCGGAAGUGGGGUUUAGGUCCAAAGGCAAGUCAGAAGAAGCUGAUGAUCAAACAGGGCCUUCUGGACAAGCACGGCAAACCCACAGACAGCACACCUGCUUCCUGGAAGCAGGGGUACGUUGACUACAGUGAUUCUUCCAAGAAAGAGGUGGCUACUGAAGCAGCCAAAGCUCCGUCCACAGUAGCUGAAGUGGUGAAAGCACCACAGGUAGUUGCUGAAGCAGCAAAAGCCUCAAAGCGGAAGCGAGAAAGUGAGAGUGAAAGUGAUGAGACCCCGCCAGCAGCUCCCCAGGUGAUCAAGAAGGGAAAGAAGAAGAAUAAGAAGGACAAAAGGGCCAAGGCCGCUCUGGAGAGCGGGGCCGAGCCUGGAGGCGGAGACAGUGACACCACCAAAAAGAAGAAGAAAAAGAAGAAAGCAAAAGAAGUGGAAGUUGUUUCUGAGUAGUAGUGAAGACCACUUUAAGCUUGGUGUCCAGCUGGGAGGAGAAAUGAAGGCCUUAGUGAGAAACAUAGUUCCUUUUGUCUUCGAGGGAAUGGAACACAGGUCCUGGACAGGGUGGAGAGUUCCGGCACAUUUCGGCUGCUCCUUGAGACCUCGGUGGUGUUACCUGGUGUGAUCGUCCCAUCUUGUCCUGUUUUAAGGAUGUGGGUGAUGUGAGGCAGAUUUUAUGCCAACAACUUCUCCGCUUGUUUGAGUCGGAAAGCCUCCAAACCCGGUAACUCUGCAACUGUGUGCUAAUGGCCGUGUGAACAUCGUAGUCCUCUCCUGCUUUGCUUUUUAAAACAAGUCCCGUUUAAAAGAAAAGUCUGCUCUUGAAAUGGUGUAGAGCCCUCGGUGAGUGUAAGAAUAUAGCUGAAUCUUGUCUCCAGUGUCCUGUGAGGACAGUGGCCUAUUCUGGUGUUGGGGCGUAGGCCAGGCAGGCCAGGUAGUUGUCUUUCUUGUUUCUGGCCCAGCAGUCAGUCCUUUGUGCACUUCUUCAAAGCUCGUGUGUACAGCUGUGUUCACCUGUAUCCAUCUGGCUACGUGUGUGUGUGACAAGCUGAACCGUUCCUGUACCCUCUUGUUUUAGCCCUCACUUACUUUUAAAGAGUGAACUUGCUCGUUGCUGGGAGAAGACUGUUGUAAUUUUUACUUAUUAAAAUUGACUUGCUAAGUUUUGUAAGUA